UGCACCAGAGAUAAGGGGCAGAAGUUAUUGGGAAGAUGCACCUUCUUUGUUGCUCAAAACUAUCUACAAAUCAUCGCCUCAAAAGGGAAAAUCACAGCAGAAUACAACAGUUUUAUUCGCUCAAAUUACCAAAGAAUCUUAAAAACUAUAGUCGGAUAAGCUAUUGUUAUCCCAGCUGGUCUGGCCUUGAACUUGUUCCCUUCGCAGUUAUUGCUAAUUGAACGCACAUAGAACGGACUCCCUGCUGCUGCCCCCACCACCCCCCAUCUUCCCGCCCCUUCCCCAGCUCCGAUUCCCGCCCAAAAUGCUUCAACAUCCUGCCACAGAUUUCUACGAUCUGGCCGCGGCCAAUGCGGCCGCUGUCCUCACCGCCCGCCACACACCCCCCUACAGCCCCACAGGCCUGAGUGGCUCGGUGGCGCUCCUCAACAACAACAACAACAACAACAACAACAACAGCAGCAGCACCGGCAACAGCAAUAACAACAACAAUAACAAUCUGGACAUCAUGACGCACAAUGGAGUGGUAGUGGGCGGCGGCGUAGGCACCGGUGGACUGCACCUAACGGGUGGCAGCAAUGGGGGAGUGACGGGAGGUGGUGCCUCCGGCGGAAGGGAGAACCUGCCGAGCUUCGGCUUCACCCAGGAGCAGGUGGCCUGCGUCUGCGAGGUCCUGCAGCAGGCCGGCAACAUCGAAAGACUGGGCCGCUUCCUCUGGUCGCUGCCACAAUGUGAUAAGCUGCAGCUGAACGAGUCCGUGCUGAAGGCCAAGGCGGUCGUUGCAUUCCAUCGCGGCCAGUACAAGGAGCUGUAUCGCCUGCUCGAGCAUCAUCACUUCUCGGCCCAAAAUCACGCCAAGCUCCAGGCCCUGUGGUUGAAAGCGCAUUAUGUGGAAGCCGAAAAACUGCGCGGAAGACCCUUGGGUGCUGUUGGCAAAUAUCGGGUUCGUCGCAAAUUUCCAUUGCCCCGCACCAUCUGGGAUGGCGAGGAGACGAGCUACUGUUUUAAGGAGAAAUCCCGCUCUGUACUGAGAGACUGGUACUCGCACAAUCCAUAUCCAUCGCCCCGGGAGAAACGCGAUCUGGCCGAGGCCACCGGGCUGACCACCACGCAGGUUUCCAAUUGGUUCAAGAAUCGACGACAAAGAGAUCGAGCCGCCGAGCAUAAAGACGGCUCCACGGACAAACAACACUUGGACUCCUCCAGCGACUCGGAGAUGGAGGGCAGCAUGUUGCCCAGUCAAAGCGCACAACAACAACAACAGCAGCAGCAGCAGCAGCAGCAGUCACCCAACAACAACGGCCUGCAUCAACAGCAACUGCAGCAUGCUGCCGCCGAACAGAGCCUGCAUCAUCACCCCCAUCAGCAACACCAUCCCGCCGCCACCGGGCCCACAAGCGUUGUCAGCAAGACAGGUCACAGUGGGGCAGGCGGUGGUGGCGGGGGCGGGGGCGGUGGCGGUGGCGGUGGCGCCGCAACAGCAACACAAAUGCAAAUGCCACCCCUCUCCGCUGCCGUCGCCUACUCCCACCUGCAUAGUGUGAUGGGCGCCAUGCCCAUGACCAUGUACGACAUGGGGGAGUAUCAGCACUUAUGAUUCUAGUUGGAGGCGGCUGCUGCCGCUACCAGCGGGAGCGGAAGCGGAGGCGGGAAGGCAAGCGGAAACGAAAGCACGAGUCCGAGUGCCACCGCUAACAGCAGCAAUGCCUACGGGUGGUCAAUGUCAGUGCCGUCGGCGCACUAUCAGCGCCAGCAGGAUCUGUCGGAAAGCUUUUACUUCUGAUUCGAUCCGAACCGAUCCUCGAGCGGAGCUGGGCGGAACCUUAGCAAUAUUUAGAGAGCGCAUUGUCGUAGCAACAAAUUCUAUUUAAUCGUUAGACACAGCAACACUUUCUGCAUAAGCUAGCAUUUUUCUGCAAUCAAUGGAAAGAGAGAGAUACGGAGAUAUACAGAAAGAGGGGGAGGGAGAGGGAGAAAAAAGGCACCACGCUGCAGCACAAGCUUUUGGCAACCCAAAAAAACCUAGAGAGAAAACUUGCAAGAAAACUGCAUCGAUCUGUGUAAAUAGCUAGGCUAGGUUUUAGUUUUAGAGCGGUUGGAGGCGGAGGCAGGUACAACCGAAAUGCAAAUCAAAUCGAAAUGUGCAAACAAUUAUACAUAUACGACUAUUAUAUAUUAUUAUAUACAUCUGUAUCUACUUAAUGCAUAAAUUAUACACUUUUAAUUGUAGCCUUUAGUAAUCAUA